UUCUUUCUUGCAUUGCAUUGCAGAAAAGUCCCAUCUUUGCCUGCAUCUCAAUUUGUAUUUUUCUAAUUAUUUCUCUGCCUUUUGUUUUAAUUAAUUAUUGUUUCAGAUCUAAAACUCAAGCAAAACCCAUGGUUCUCCUCCAAUAGACUCCAAGUAUUGGGCAGUCAAACAAAAACCAAACCAAACCCCCCAAAAAACCAACAUCUGGGUGUUGUGCUCUGUUCGUCCAGUUUUUUGAUUGGAAACGAACAGAGAGAUUCAGAAAGAAAAUCGAGAUGGGGUUGGUUGGUGUUCCAGAAAUUGGAAAUGGAGAAAUGGGUUUGUCUGGGAUUCCAUUGGGGACCAAGAACAAGUACAAGAGGAUGGAUUCUGAGUCCGAGGUCGAGCUCACAGAGGAAUACGAGGAUGCUGCUUCUCGCCACCAUCUUCAACAAAUUCGGAGCAAACAAACCAGGAAAUAUGUCCUCGCUUGCGCCAUUUUUGCUUCUCUCAACCAUGUUCUUCUUGGCUAUGAUGUAGGUGUCAUGAGUGGAGCUAUCAUAUUCAUUCAGGAAGAUUUAAAGAUAACCGAGGUACAAGAAGAAGUUCUUGUUGGGAUUUUGAGCAUUGUUUCGCUUUUCGGUAGUUUAGGUGGUGGUAAAACAUCAGACAUCAUUGGUAGGAAGUGGACCAUGGCCUUGGCUGCUGUUGUCUUUCAAACAGGUGCAGCUAUAAUGACCCUUGCGCCUUCAUUUGAAAUAUUGAUGGUCGGAAGACUCUUGGCGGGCAUUGGAAUUGGCUUCGGUGGCAUGGUUGCCCCUGUUUAUAUUGCUGAGAUAUCACCCACUAUUGACAGAGGCUCACUGACCUCAUUCCCGGAAAUAUUUAUAAAUCUGGGAAUUUUACUCGGCUACGUCUCAAACUAUGCAUUUUCUGGUCUCCCAGCACAUAUAAACUGGAGGAUAAUGCUUGCAGUAGGAAUUACGCCUUCAAUUUUCAUUGGUUUUGCACUUUUCGUAAUCCCCGAGUCUCCAAGGUGGUUGGUCCUUCAGAACCGUGUUGAUGAGGCAAGAUCAGUGUUGAUGAAAACAAAUGAGAAUGAAAGUGAGGUGGAGGACAGACUGAAUGAAAUACUAGCAGCCGCUGACAAUUCCAGUGCGGAGAAGUAUGAGGAGAAAAGUGUGACGAGUGAACUAAUGAGUCCAUCUCCUUCACUUCGUUGGAUGCUUAUCACAGGUUUUGGAAUUCAAUGUUUUCAACAGAUAACAGGAAUAGAUGCGACUGUGUAUUACAGUCCUGAAAUCUUCCAAGAAGCAGGAGUUAAAGAUAAACAAAAUGUACUUGCUGCAACUGUUGCGGUGGGUGUUACAAAGACUGUUUUUAUAAUGGUCGCUAUUCUCCUUAUAGACAAACUCGGAAGAAAGCCCUUGCUCUAUAUAAGCACGAUUGGAAUGACGAUUUGUCUGUUCAGUUUAGCAUUCACUCUAUCUGUUCUUGGGAAAGGACAGUUUGGAGUUGUGAUGGCAAUUCUAUUAGUUUGCGGAAACGUAGCUUUCUUCUCUGUUGGAAUUGGACCUGUUUGCUGGGUUUUGACAUCCGAAAUCUUCCCUUUAAGGCUGCGUGCACAAGCAGCAGCACUUGGAGCAGUGGGUAAUAGGGUGUGCAGUGGCCUAGUUGCCAUGUCUUUUCUCUCAGUUUCCAAUGCAAUUUCAUUUGGUGGAACAUUCUUUAUCUUUUCUGCAUUUUCCUCUCUUUCUGUUGCAUUCGUCUACACCUUUGUUCCAGAAACCAAAGGAAAGUCAUUGGAGCAGAUUGAGUUGCUUUUUCAAACUGAACACGAUCGGAAAGGAGGUCAAGUGGAACUAGGAGAUGUCGAGCACCUUGUGCAGAAAGGAUGAUUGAUCGGGAAAGCUCAUUCGAUGAACAGAUAUAUCUUCCACGUCUUACCGUCCUUCAACCGGUUUGAAAAGGGGUACAGCGUUCACACCACUAAUGGAACUAUUGUGAGUAUGAAGUUGCUGGAUGUGAAUUUCGAAAUAGAACCUUGCGCUUGUAUAAAUAGUUCUCUGCAACCAAAUAAGGUAGCUACCAGAGGGAGGCACAUUACAUGUUUGAGUUGUAUUAGGGUUUACAACUAUUAGACUUUUCGGAAUCAAAUUCGUUCACGGUAGUAUUCUUACUGUUCUUACUUAUCUUUGUAUGCAAUUUUACAUCAAUGAAAAAUAUUAACAUUUGAAAGUUUAGCAGAAAUAUUUUAUAUGUUUUUAGUGCUUUUGAAUUA